AUGGCGACAAAUACAUCCGCAAACUCUGCUUAUCCGUCUACAGAUCACCUGUACGCUCCACCACACUCCACGGCACCCACCACCGCGCUCUUCCAAGCGAUCAACAAGCGAUACAAGCCAUCGCCACCGCUAGUCAGAUACCAAGACGGAUGGAAAUGGUCGGUAGAGAACAUUGGAUCCUUCUGGGACACUGUCUGGGACCAGGCGCGCGUUCUCGGCUCAAAGGGCACUACACCCGUUGUUGACGAUUCGGCCACACCAGCUGACAAUCCAGAUUGGUUCCCGGACGCCCGUCUAAACUGGGCAGAAAAUAUGCUUUGCACACGAUCAGAUAAACCAGCAAUUAUUCAAGCAACUGAACCCUUUGUCCAUUCUGGAAACCUCAUCGAGCCACCCUCACGCAGAAUCUCCUACAAUGACCUCUACACGUCCGUAGUUUGUGCUGCAAACGCCCUCCAAGCACGUGGUGUCAAGCUCGGAGACGUCGUGGGCUCGUAUUCAAGCAACAAUAUCGAAAAUAUCAUCCUUGCACUUGCCACUGCCGCGCUAGGUGCCAUCUGGACGAGCGCCGCUGCAGACUUUGGACCUCAAGGCGUCCUCGAGCGAUUUGAACAGGUCAAACCAACUGUCAUUCUCGCCGUAGACAGUGUUUCGUACAAUGGCAAAUUACAUCCACACCUCUCCAAACUCUCCACGCUCGUCGACGGAUUAAAACAAAAACAAUGCGCACCCAAGACGGUCAUCGUCGUUCCCUUUGACACGGCACAACCCUCUUCACUCCCAAGUACGACGGACACUGUCGAAUGGAUUCCAUGGGACGCCUUUCUUACUUCAUCAAAAUCCCAAGAGGAAGACUUUAAAUUCGUUCAAACACCCUUUAACCACCCUCUCUGGAUCUUGUUCUCCUCGGGGACGACGGGUCUCCCAAAACCCAUUGUGCAUCGCGCAGGCGGUAUGCUCUUACAAUCCCUCAAGGAACUCAAACUCUGUGCGGGGCUCAAUGCAGAUGACGUCUUUUUCUACUACACCUCGACGGGGUGGAUGAUGUGGAAUUUCUUGGUAGGCGGCCUCGCGCUUGGAUGUACGCUCGUCCUCUUUGACGGUAGCCCACUCCGUGAACCGCAUAGGCUAUGGACGAUUGCCGAACAGGAAAAAGUGACAAUAUUCGGUACGAGUGCGAAAUACCUAGAGGUUCUUUCCAAAAAAUACACACCUAAUAAACACCACGAUACACGUCCUAUUCGACAACUAUACUCGACCGGAUCCCCACUCGCACCACAGCUCUUUGACUACGUCUACACAUCCAUUGCCGCACAGGACUCGUCCUCUCAGGGACAACCCAAUAGCACGCUCCUGCUUGCGUCUAUCACGGGUGGCACAGAUAUUUGCUCCCUCUUCGCUGGGUUCAACGCCAUGUUACCCGUCUACCGCGGCGAGAUUCAGUGUCGUAUGCUCGGUAUGGCGAUUCGUGCAGUGGAUGAGAUGGGAAACGAAGUCAAGCCUGGUGAACAGGGUGAAUUGGUGUGCACGCGUCCAUUCCCUUGUCAGCCCGUUGGAUUUUGGCCUCUUCGUGGGUAUGGUACGGACGAAGAUGUAGUCAAGGCGGAGAAAAGGUACAAGGAUGCAUACUUUACGGGCGUCAAGGGCUAUUGGUAUCAUGGCGACCACGUUCUCAUCACACCUUCGAGAGAGGGGAAUGGAGGCGGCGUGAUCAUGCUUGGACGAAGUGAUGGAGUAUUGAACCCUGGUGGAAUCCGCUUUGGGUCAGCAGAAAUCUACCAAGUACUAGAAGAGUGCUUCUCAGACAACGCACAAUCUUCCACCUCCAAUAAAGUAAUUCUCGACGCGCUCUGUAUAGGUCAAAAACUCCCAGCAGGCGAAGCAGGGGCUGUUGGUGACGAGCGGGUGAUCCUCUUUGUCAAGCUCCCAGAUGGCCAAGUCCUCGAUGACGGACUCAUCAAGUCGAUUGCAAAGGAGAUUCGUGCAAGGAGAUCGGCUAGACAUGUUCCUGCUCUGGCAAUCCACGACAUUCCGUAUACCCUAAAUGGCAAAAAAGUUGAAGUACCUGUGCGAAAGAUCAUGGACGGUGCCCCGUUCUCGAGUAUCAACCAAGCGACGCUCCGCAACCCAGAAUGCUUACAAGAGUACAUCGAACUCGCACAGUCGCUCAAACCGGGUGUAGAUGGUGCACGACUAUAA